GAUUGGGUGUCAAGAGAAUUGGUGCGAUAAGUUUCCACAAAACAAAAAGGAAAGUGUUUAGGAAAUGUAUUAAAGCCGUUUAAAUAUUUCAGUUAUCAUUUUACAGUUGGAGUAUGUGAUUCUCUUCGACAACCAAAACCAACACUGAAAUCGUUUUCAUAUCGAACAAUUUUUCCUCAUUUUCUUGACACAUAUUCCUUACGACUACGUAUUUUGUUUAUUUUUCUUUCAUUUUUUUUUUUCGUGAAAAUACUGUGUUCAACUAGUUUGAAAAAUGGAGCAGCAAACUAUGAGUGGCGUUAACUAUGAUUUUUUAUGGAACGGAGAUUCACGGGUCACCAAUUGGCCGCUGAUGAGUAGUCCGUUACCUUUGAUUGCCAUUUUAACAACAUACUUAUUAAUUAUAUACAGAUUUGGACCGGCUUACAUGGAAAAUCGAAAGGCAUACAACCUGAAAUGGCUAUUGGCUUGCUAUAACUUGGCUCAAGUUGCGGUUUGUUGUUAUAUAAUAAUCGGCCUAGUAUCCAAUGAAUUUAAUGUCAUAAAAUUCUGGAAAUGUCAAAGUGUCGACUAUAAAAACAGUCUGAAAGCAACCACAGCGCUGACAUAUACAUACCAAACAUUCUUGCUAAAAUUGGCCGAACUUGUGGAAACUGUAUUCUUUGUAUUGCGAAAGAAACAAAAUCAAGUCUCAAAAUUGCAUGUAUAUCAUCAUGUCAGCACAGCAACAUUAGCAUGGAUUCUCGUCAAAUACACAGCAGGUGGCAUGGUCUUAUUCAGUGUGGUCAUCAAUUCAUCGGUGCAUGUUAUCAUGUAUAGUUAUUAUUUCGCCGCUUUGUUUGGACCGGAAGUUCAACGAAAAUUGGAAGGCAUAAAGAAAAACAUUACACUCAUUCAAAUGAUUCAAUUUACAAUUAUCCUCAUACAAUGCGCGCUCGCAUUGGUACGCGGCUGUGAAGUGCCAAAGCUAUUGAUGGCGAUAUACGUGCCAAAUGUGGUUUUGAUAUUCUACAUGUUUUACGGAUUUUUCAACAAAGCAUACACGAAGAAAUCAUAUUCAACGAAAGGAAAUUAGGACACUUUAUCCCCACACACACACAUUUCAAGUCGACAAGUUUCCAUGCCUUUCCAUCAUAUUUAAGAAGUAGAUUUAAAGAAAAAUAAUUUUUGUGUACCUAAAUAUUAUUUUAUAUAAUUUAUUAAAAAGAUAAAUGAUCUGCUUGAAUAAUAAAUAACAAAAAAGC